CGCCGUGUCCCAAGCAAGACGAGGACCAACUUUAUAUCCUCGCAUAAAGAAACUUCGUAAUUCUCAGUCAGAAGGUGAAUUUGAAACCAACAAGCUCCUCCGUGACUUCCCACAGCUUGGCCGCGACAGCCUGGGAUCCAGCCAUGCGGCGAAAGCUUGUCGUUUGCCACUUUCGAAUCGUCCAGAUACGCGCCCGGUGUAUCUUCUAGGCGCGGGUCGAACGCCGCCGCCACAGUCGUCGCAGAGCCCUCCGGGAUCGACUUCCAACGGAACUUCUCUGGAUUGGGCGAGCCAUCAGGCAGGAGAAUGCCCGCCUCCUUCUGUUGUUGUAUACUCUCCUCCGUUGAAUUGAUGUUCGUGAAGAUGACUGUGCAAUGGAUGAAGCUCGGCAUCUGUUAUCGAGCAGGGGAACUAUAUAAUCACCUCCAGGAUGCAGACUAUAGCUC